GGGUUAGUUAUUAUGGAGGCUGAACGCAGCCCCGCUCGAUCGCUGGCAUGGGUCACCACCACGUCAAGUCAAUCUGAUCAACAACAUCAAACACCCGACCCUUUUCCAGCUCUUCUUCUCUUCAAAUCCAUCGAGUAUGAGGCAAAUGGCAUUAAAUCCCUCAUCCGUUCCCAGCGCACGAACAAUGAUUGUCAUCUGGUCGCCAGCGGAGGCGGAAGCCAAAUCGCAGAAAUCGAGGCCCGGCGAAGCUCAGCAACUGCCCUGCUGGACCUGUGUAAGUCUGCUGCCUCGUCCCGAGUCCAAGGCAUGGCUGUCGACCAAGAAAUGGAAAAGCCACUGUCGACCAUCAUCGAUGUGCCAGCUCUGGGUCUAUCACAGGCCCAGAUGCGUCUUGGUCGGUCUACACGCUCUCUCAUGUACAUCCCGCCUGUGCAACCCGAUCUUCCUUUCCAGAUGUCGCAAGAGGAGAUUAUGCACAAUGUCAAUCGUUUUAGGGAAACGCUUGACAGCUUCAUCGAGGAGACCAUCAAUGUGCUUCAACCGCAACAUGUACGCUCUUACAAGUCCAUGGAGUGCACGCCAUACGAAGUAGACGACGCCUCUGAGAUUGGUCAUGGCGCCUUCGGCAAAGUUCAGAGGGUUAUUCACAGACAAACAGGCAAGGCCUUUGCCAUGAAGACGUUUGAAGUAGUCCUUUCCGUCUCGGCCAAGAAGUCUAUCCUCCAGGAGAUUCUCAUUCUCAAAUACUGCCACCACCCCAAUAUUGUCCGCCUCAUCGAAGCCUUCAGCCUUGAAAGCACCUCCAAGAUGGCCAUCGUCAUCGAGCCUUGGGCGCCAUAUACCCUCUGGAAAUUUUUGAUCAACACCGACGCGGAGCGAGACAAGGCCUGUCCCUGGUUCGACCCAGCAUCGCCACGGUCGACCCAAGUCGUACUGCGCAUCAUGCACGGUAUCGUUCUCGCCAUAGUGCACUUUCACCAUCGAUCUGUCAAGCACAAGGACCUGAAGCCGGAGAAUAUUCUUCUCUUUGAACCCGGCACCGCAGAUAUUGCUCCCUUGAUUACGGACGUGGGUGUCAGUAAGCUCUCCUUCCAUGGAGCUCCAACCAACUUCACCAAGAGCACAUAUCAAUUUCUUGCCCCAGAACAGAUUCGCCACGAAGAGAGCACGCUCAAGGCGGAUGUUUGGCAACUCGGAUGUUGCUUCGCCCUCCUACUCGCGGUAGCCCACGGAGGUGCGUCGGCUUUUAGGCAGCUCUGGGGAGUUAUUGACAGUGACACGAGCUCCUGCCAAGUUGCACACGAGCACCCUCGCUUCAUGGAAAUCUUCAAGAGAGUUUACCGUCGAGGGGGUGCCAAAGAGUCAGUGUUCAAACUGAUUACGGGUAUGCUGCAUGUCGAUCCGUCUGAGAGGCUCACAAUCAUCCAAGUAGAGGCGAUGGUGCAAGCGUUGAUGAGUAGCUGACCAUCUUGUCGGUGAGGAGUAAUGGGGAAAUACUUUCAAUGAGCCGAAGUGAGAGUCGCUGGGUUAUGAAUGAAUGAAUGAAUACAGGAACGAGCGGCGAUGACUGGAAUUGGUCUAGAUUAGUUUAUGCACUCUACCAUCGUAACG